GUUUUACAACAGUAAAGUGUAAACAAAUAGGGCCAUCUGUAGAAGUAUUUUUGUUUUAUGGAAAUAAAUUAUUAUUUGAGUAACUCUGCACCAAACAGAUAUGAAUUAAGGGAUUAUUAACGAACAUAUUAACAAUGGUUAUUUAUGGAGUGUUUAUUGUUAGUAAAUCUGGUGGUCUAAUAUAUAAUUAUGAUCAUAACAUUCCAAGAAUCGAAACUGAAAAAACUUUUGGUUUCCCUUUGGACCUAAAGCUACAAUACGAAAACAAAAAAGUUGUUGUAGUUUUCGGACAGCGUGACGGUAUCCAGGUCGGUCAUGUUCUUUUAUCUGUGAAUGGAUCACCGGUCACAGGAAGGACCACAGAAGAUGGAAAAGAUGUAUUUGAAUUUAUUGAGUCAAAGGAGAAUUUCCCAAUGAGUUUGAGAUUUGGCCGUGUUAGAGCUACAACAAAUGAAAAGAUAGUAUUGGCAAGUAUGUUUUACCCUCUGUUUGCAUUGGCCAGCCAACUCAGCCCAGUACCUAAGUGUUCUGGCAUAGAGACACUUACAGCAGACACAUUCAAGUUGUCUUGUUUCCAGACAUUAACAGGAGUAAAGUUCAUCCUGGUGACGGAGCCUAGCAUGCAAGGCAGUGAUGUGGUGCUUAAGAGGAUAUAUGAGCUGUACACCGACUACGCUCUCAAGAACCCCUUCUACUCCCUAGAGAUGCCGAUCCGGUGCGAAUUGUUCGAUACGUCCCUUCACACUCUGCUGGAGCUGGUAGAGAAGUCUGGAACAGCUAAUUUAUAGAUUUAUAUUUAUAAUAUUACAUGUAACAUAAUAUUGUAUGAUAUUAGCUAUUUAAGGAAUUAUAAUUUAUAUUAAUU